UAUAUCAAUUUUAUUAUAGACAUGCCAGUCAAACGAACUCGCCGGAGUAUGCCGAGCCCAAGUCCCGCGGAAGGACAGGCAUCAAAGCCGGAAUCAACGGCGAUUAUGAGUGAAACGUACGUGCAAUCCAUGCUGUGCCUAUGCCAAGUGCGAUCUCAGUUAUACGUGACGAUAACCGGUACCGGGGGACCACUCUAUUGUACUGCUAUCGACUCGAUCGACAGCCGGGUGGUGGGCUGCUGUAACGAGGUGGACGCCAACGACGUGGCGAUGCGACGACCCAGCACACGCGUGCCUUUCAUUAUCCUUUGUCGUAUGCACAAGGAACGACUGCUGCGUCACAAUUGUUGUCCUUCCUGCGGCAUGUUCUGCUCCCAAGGCAGGUUCGUGCAGUGUGCCAAUGGUCACCAGUACCAUCGCGAAUGUGAGAUCUAUCCGAACAAGAAAGGCGUCUGUCCGCACUGCGGCAGUGAGACAGCAGCCUAUGAUGUGAUGGUGACUAUGAACGGCAUGCGGCGGCCGGUUUUCAUUCCUACGCGUAAAAAAUUUUCCAAAUUGCCAUCUGCAAAGAUGAGCUUACCUGGAAAAGGUGACAACACGAAAUUGGCUGAGCGUCCGCCCAGCCCGUUGAUCAAGCCUGACGUUAUCAAGAUACCCGAACCGUCGAUUAAUGCUGAGAGGCCAGAGCGUUAUACCAUCAUGAGUCUCUACACAUCCGUGAAAAACGGGGAUCUUGAAAAGUUAGUGAAUGUACUAGCAUGUGGUUACAAUGCAAAUCACACAUUCCGGGAUUACGCUCACCGGACCGGUCUGCACAUAGCAGCAGAUAAAGGACAUUUGUCAUGUGUACACGUUCUGGUUCAAGCUGGUGCUCAAGUAGAUGUAAUGGAUAGGAACCAAUUAACUCCGCUAAUGCUAGCCGCGAGUAAGGGUAAUGCUGCCGUUGUGAAGUACCUAGUCAGGAUAGGCGCCGAUGUAACAUUAAAGGGCGAGGACGGUAUGACCGCCUUGCAUAUGGCUGCCAAGUCCGGUCACCUAGAAGUCUGCAAAAUCAUUCUGACUGAGUGUAAAGUGCCGAGAACAUUAGUAGAUUCUGUUGACGAUGGGGGCUGGACAAGUUUAAUCUGGGCGUGUGAAUUUUGUCAUACGGAUGUCGCACGGUAUUUAUUGGACAAGAAGUGCGAUCCGCUUAUCCGUGAUGCCGAGCAGAAUAUAGCGUUGCAUUGGAGUGCCUUCAGCGGCAGUUCCGACAUCACGGAAAUGCUUCUCAACGAGGGAUGCGAUGUGAACGCUGUCAACGUCCAUGGUGAUACUCCGUUACACAUAGCAGCUAGACAGGAUCAAUAUGCAGUCAGUGUUCUACUGCUAGCACGCGGUGCUAAAAUAGGAGAGGUGAAUGCUGCCGGCGAAACCGCGGUGAACUGUUGCGCUUCGGAUGGCGAUACUAUGGCUGCUUUGAGAUUGAACGCAAAAGUCAACGAACUCUUUGAGCAUAUGUGGGAAAAGACAGUUAAGAUAUUGACGAAUGACAUUUCACGCGGAAAGGAAACAAAUCCUAUACAAUGUGUUAAUGGAUACGAUUCCGAGGACAAGCCGACGGAUUUUCUUUACGUAACGGAGAAUUGUUUCACGAGCAAUAUUAAUGUAGACCGCACAAUUACAUCAUUGCAGUCUUGUCGAUGUGAGGAUAAUUGCAGUACCGAAAAGUGUUUGUGCGGAAAUAUAAGUCUGCGAUGUUGGUAUGAUGAGGAGGGAAAACUCGUUCCAGAAUUUAAUUAUGCAGAUCCACCAAUGUUGUUUGAAUGUAAUCCGGCUUGUGACUGUAAUCGUAUUACGUGCAACAACCGCGUGGUUCAGCAUGGGCUGACGCAACGGUUUCAAUUGUUUCGCACAAAGGGCAAGGGUUGGGGCCUCCGAACUCUCCGGCAUAUUCCUAAAGGCACUUAUGUUUGCGAAUAUGUCGGCGAGAUAAUCUCAGAUUCCGAGGCUGAUCAUCGCGAAGAUGACUCCUACUUGUUCGAUUUGGACAAUAGAGAUGGAGAAACGUAUUGUAUAGACGCGAGACGUUACGGGAAUAUUGCUCGGUUCAUUAAUCAUUCGUGCGCGCCGAAUCUAUUGCCGGUGCGAGUGUUCGUCGAACAUCAGGAUCUGCAUUUUCCAAGGAUAGCGUUUUUCGCUAAUCGCGACAUCGAGGCAGAUGAAGAGCUCGGCUUCGAUUACGGCGAGAAAUUCUGGAUAAUAAAGUGCAAGUCCUUCACAUGUACCUGCGGUGCCGAAAACUGCCGUUACUCUGAGAAGACUAUACAAGUUACGCUGGAUAACUACCGGAGAAAGAUACAGCAGGAGGAAAUGUUGGCAGCUCAAACCUCAUCGUCGUAACCCUAAUACGAUUUAGCUUAAUUAUUUAGGUGUUUACGAUUUUUCGCGAACGGACACGAUGAUGAUAACGACGGCAGCGAUCGUCCCGUCGAUCAUGGUUCUCCGCGCCGUGAAAUUGAUUGCCGCAAUGCCCGCGGGGUCGUAAAAGUACAAAUGCAAAACGGUGGUGGAAUGAUAAGCGUUUGAUUAGGUUCUUUCAUCGAUGUUUCCUUACGCUGUAAUAUACCAGUCGGCUUCGCAGCGGUCACGUUCGGUUAUGUUAUUGUUUUAUGCCGAACACCGAACGCUCGUCCGUGUUGAGAUAAAAUGCCGGUAAAAUAAAUUGACAGCCGGUCUAUCAAGAUUGUUAUCACUCAUUUUUUGAGUAUAAAUAAAUUUUAAUAGUAAUUUGAAUAAUAGUAAUUUGAAAAAUAACCCAGGGAACACAAUGUUCCAAAUCGGGCACAUGACGUCAUUAAGACGUCAUGUGUCCGAUUUGGAAUAUUAUUAGACAUCUUUAAGACGUCUUAUGUCCCGAUUUGAGACGUGUGUUGUCUGGGAAACGACUUGCGAGAGUGUGUAUAUUAAGACAGGGACAAAUAUGUGUAUGAUAUGUAUAAUAGUCAGUUUAUCAAAAAGAUUUAUGAUAGAUUUUUUGCGAAGGUUAUUUUAUUGGAAGUGUCUCCCAUUUUCCUUGGCAGACCGGUGGUUAAUACACGGAACAAUUUUGUAUUUUAUACAAUGAAUCUUCGAUUUGGUUUGAAAGGCUGACGGAGAAUGUAAUAAUUGUAACACGUUUUGCAAGAUAUCCUUUUCACAUUCUCUUCUAAUUUUCUUUCAAACUCAAGGAGAUUUUAACGUUAUCUCGUCCAUAUUUUCUCUCAGGCUUGCUCGUACUUGUUUCCUACUACUUUUGCCGAUCUUCUCCGCGAGAAUGCAACGACUCUACGAGAAAGUGCCACGUUGAUUUUUACAUUUUCUCCUCUUCCUCCCUUUUUUUAACGAGAUAAGGAUGCGCAUAAUAUAUGACGAUUUAGCUAGUUAUUGCGUGUGCGAGGGUGCGAAGGUAGUGAAUUGUGUGUUGAGACUAUUGUUAUGGUCCUGCUUGGACGGAGUAUGUGAUUGCAGGACAGAUAAGUAUGUGACGCUACCAUCGCUUUUAAGUGAAUCGAUGUUGGAAUGAUUGCAGCCGCGUGUUCGUGUGUUCCUUAUUAUAAAGCGUCACGCUAUUUUAUUCCAAUUAGUCGCUCAUCUCAGAGUAAAGCAUUUUAACGUUGGAUUCACUACAAGCGAUGUAAUAUAUAAGAAUACACCUUUUUGUACAAACGAUCGACUUUUUGUAUAAUAAAAGUUGCCCUUUUUAA